AAGGAGGAGAAAAAAAAAACAAUCAAAGGAUGGGAAACAGACACUGCAUUUUGCUCCACCAUCGAAAUGCUAACGCCUAUCUUCAGUCCUAUCCCCUUCCAGCACCGACAGUCGACCCCGCGCAGGCGACCGCUUUCAGUAUUGCGGUUUGCCUGGUACCUUAUAUCCGCUCCGCAGACAGAAGGUUUCUUUGCUCUCCAUGCGGGUCCGUUUUCUACGAUUAUUGGCGAUUGUUGGCGAUUUGGGUGGCGUCGUUACUCGUUUGGAAUGAGCGUUACGGGCGCGAUGAGACGGUAACGACUGCCAUCACGGGCCUCAAAACGAGAUAUGGUAGGCUAGGCUAUCCCCCGGCAAACCUCACGAAAGCCGAUCGAACAACUCAUGGGUUCACAUUCACCAACCGCAACAAAGACCCUGCAGGGGUUGGGUAGUGGGAAGUAGCCUCUCGGAGGGUGGCUCACAAAGUGUACUAUUCUCUCCUGGGGGAUGGUUGCGUUGAUGUUUGAGUUUCUCGCAGUUUUCCCCUUUCAUUCUGGAUAGAUCAUCUCAGAGCUAUCAUAUCUGUGGUUUCGAGUUUAUUUGCACGGGUGCUUCCCGCCCUAUUGACCAGUCUACCCUGUGCAUAGUGGGGUACAUUACAUAGCUCCAGCGCCAACAAAUAUGCAAGGCUCUUACAAGUAGUGUAUGAUCCAUCGCACUUUCGUAUCGGCUUGGCCGGGAUAGCUGCUUAAAUUUGCCGGUCGGCUAUGAGCUAUAAUACACCGGUAUAUUUUUGUUUGAAGAGCCUUUCAUGGUUGGCUCCUGGUGCAGUUGCAACAGACACGCUUGGUGCAUUUAUACCAAUCAGCAGUUGCUGGCGCCUAUCACCUACCUUCCUUGUGCCAGUGGAAGGUUUCACUUUCACAUGAGCCACCAAAUCUGAAUCAGGGACCCUUUCAAGCUUAUAAUCUAGGCCUGUCCCACUUUCUCCUGCAUUCCCUCUUCCGUUAUUUUCCCCCGCUUCACGAUUUUCUUUUUCAGCGUUACUUUUACGUUCUUUCUAUUUCCCUCUCUUCGUUCCUUUUUCAUUAGAAUUCUCACACUCCUUACAACUGGUUUGUCUUCAUUCCUUUUCGCUCUUUCACUCGCGCAAAUUCCGUGCUGGUACGGUACAAUCAAUAUUUUACGAUGCGAAAAUCACUCAUCUCCGCAUCUCUCUUCCUCACUCUUGCUCAGGCCAAGGUUAACUUCAAUACGACUGUUAAAGACUUCGACUACGACGGUAUUGUUCCAGCCGCCAAUUUGAGUGAAUCCUGUGCACAGGCGUACGCUGCGCGGGUCUCUUGCACAGAUCAUCUCUUCAAGUUGAGAGACUCGGAGAAAGGCAGCAAGCUAUUCCGCAACGAUGAUCUCGCCGAGUUUUGCACUGAGGAUUGUGUGGAUAGUUUGAAUGAGUGGGACACAAAUCUCCAGGGUAGCUGCGAUGAUAGGGACAAGGUUUUUGCGGAUAGUCUCAAGUCAGGGGUUUACUUGGGAAUGGCGUUGAAGGAUAAGCACUCUAUCCAGGAGAACCUUUAUUGGGCUUUUUGUCUGAAGGAUCAGUGAGUAAGCCCCAGUCAUUUUUGACUUUAUGACUGUAGGAUUGCACUAACAAACGUUCAGAAAGUCGGGAGACAAGAAUGACUUCUGCCUCGCUAAGAGUGAUGAUGACCUACCCGCCUGGCCCUCAAACACUGCCGGCAACGCUUCUGAUACGGCUCUUAUCUCGGAUUUCUGCCAGAGCAGCUGCAGAACCCAGCAAUCGUACCUCAUGCACAGAUCCGCCAGACACCUCGGAUUCUCCACUAUUGAUCUUGCAGAUGCUGAGAAAAUUUGCCCUGGACUAGACGUUUCUACGUUCCCCGUCAGCAUCGAAAUGCUCGAUGCCUUUGGCAGUUCAGCUGAUCCAUCGCCUGGAAGAGCGGAUGGUUCCCCGAACACUGAUGGGGAUGCAGGGCAAAUUGAGGGGACAGAGUACGAUUGGGACUUUUACAAGAGCGAUUUCGACAACGGUUCUGGGAGCGCGCCCUCCCCUCUUGGCGCUAGCUCUGCACUUGCAUUUUCCAUCGGAAUAGCAGCCUUCGUCGCCGCAUCCUUGUAACUCUGGCCGGUCAUUUAUUUUGUCAAUAUCUUUUUCCUUUCUUUUUUUUUUCAUUAUUAUUAUUAACUCUACUUUCAAUGUAAAUCUGGAUAUGGCGCAAUUGUUUCCUUUUUCCAUUCAUUGGAGGGUGGAAAACAGCGGAACCUGGGGUUUCGAAGUUGGUUUUUUUGGGAAAAAUUCAAAUUUAGAGGGGGGUUUCUGUGGUAGGGGCCCUGGCGUUUUCCCUGGCUAAGUAAGGUACUAGAAGAAAUAAGAAUUAAAUUUGAGAUACGGUGGGUAAGAGAUUGCAUAGCAUCUCCCCUAUGCCUCGCGCAGUAGGGGUGUAGUAGAUAGAGUUUUACCCAGGGUGUAUAUUUUCCAAAUCCUUGUUCACGCAGUACUGUACUCCGUUGCACAAUGCGCUGUGCCAGUUGAUCACCAGUGGUCACUCGAGGUUAAAUGACUCUGGGACGAUACUCGG